AUGGAGGGGCGAGUAGGGGAUGGACCUGGAGGAGCCGGCGCGUGCUUCGUUGGGGGGUUGCUUACCGUACCGGCGCCGAGCUCUCGUCGCUCUUUCCGUUACGAUGACGCUCGGCCCCCUCCUGCAGGGCAGACGCAGACGGAGAGUGGCAGUGAGGAGGAGGAUGAGGAGGAGGAUGGCGAGGGUGAGAACGAAGAGGACAAUGAGGGAAGCGGGGAUGACAGUGAGGCCGAUUGGGACCCAAAGAUGCAUGGCGGUGGGGAGGGGGGAGAUGAUGAUGAUGAAGACCACGAGAUGGAUGGGUUGGAGCCAGAGGGGCGGGAGGAGGAGGUGGGAGAGGGUGGUGGAAGGGCGGCGACAGAGGCGGGAUCACAGCAUGUGCGUGAAGGGGGAGGGAGCGUGGGGGUUAAGGUGGGGGGGAGAAAGGCCGCUAUCAUUCGGGAGCCGAGGCUAAGGAAGAGGGCGAACAAGUUGAGGGAGCUGGCUUAUCCCUGCACGUUCACUGGGGAACCCUUGGGCGAGGGCGUGAUCGCUCCGGAGUUCCUAGACGACGACGGUGGGUCCGAGAGUUUUGCCAGGGGAGACGUUUCCCCGUGGGGGCUACAAGGGAGUGCCGGAUGGCCACAUGCCAAGACUUGGCCGCAUCUCGCCAAGGAGAAAGGGAAGGCGUCUGGUGGAGGAGGUCAGGGGUCAGGCGGGAUCGAGCGGUUCAUGACAACCAAACUGACCUCGGUGCAGCUACGGCAGGCGAUCACGAAGCUGGUGGUCACCUGUGACCUCCCCUUCCGCAUCGUCGAGGCCGAGGCUUUUCGGGAGCUUUUGAUCCUGCUAAACCGCAACUGCGCGCAGAAGAACUUCAUCCCCUCGCGCUGGACGGUUUCCCGCGACACUGUGGUCUAUGCGGCUCUUCAGUCAGCCAUUGCGGAGAUGCUGGCGAAGGAGGGGGAGCUGGGGUGCAGGGUGUCGUACACCAUCGACAUGUGGACGGCGCCCAACAACAGGGCGUGGCUGGUGGUAACUGGUCACUGGGUAGACGAGAACUUCCAGCUGCGCACAAUGGUGUUUGAGUUCCGCGAGAUUCACGGGAGGCACACGGGCAAGCAGAUGGCGAGGGUGGUUGAGGAGACGGUGGUGCAGUGGGGGUUGGAGACGCGUUGUCUUGGUUUCACCUCAGACAACGCCUCUAGCAACACUGCCGCUUUCAACGCUUCUUCAACUCGCGCAUGCACUUUCGGUAAGAAAGGGAGUGUGCGUGGGAUGGUGGUUGAGGGAGUGCAGGUGCGUGCGUCAUUGUUGUGCUUGGCACACGUGAUCAACCUUGCUGUGAAGGCCGCCCUCGCAGUGAGCACCAUCCGCAAGUUGUUGAAGAUUCUGAGGGAGAUGGCGUCGUGGAUAGGCUUCUCGCCGCAGCGCUCUGGGAAGUUCUUGGGCCUUCAGCGGACCCUGAACGCGCAGGCCAACCCCGCCAAACCGAAGCCGGCAUUGAAGCUGGUGCAGGACAGCCCAACGCGCUGGGGGUCGACCCACGACAUGGUCGAGCGAGCUGGGGUUCUGCAGGAACCCAUCUCUGUCUUCUUUGCCCAGACACAGGGCUUGUCGAAGGCUGACAGGGCGAAGGUGGAGACCUUGCGCUUGACGGACGCAGACUGGGAGACUCUGCAUGCUGUCAAGACGUUCCUCAGCCCAUUCGCCAAAGUGUCAAAGGCGGCGGAGGGAGCGGCGUACCCCACAGUGUCGAUGGUGCUGCCGUACUACAACGGCCUGAUCGACGCUAUGGAGUCGCGCCUAGCCAAGGGGCCAUCGGCUACGCUGAAGCCGAUGAUUGAGGCGGCGCUGGGUCUCUUGAAGAAGUAUGAACUGAUGUCCAGCAACGAGUUGUGGAUCGCGACCUUCCUGGACCCUUCCAUGAAGGCGGCGUGGUUCGACGACCCGCAUUGGGAGACGCUGCAUCCCGAGACCGACCGGAGGGCGAGGCCUCGUCCCUCGUCAGGCGAGGUGAUCCAGCUGGUACGCGACCGCGUGACCGAGUACCAGGCCCGGGCUGCAGCGCUUGCACCUCGGCCGACCCCACUUGCCCCAGUGACGGAGGAGGAGGAGGGGGAGGCGGCGGACGACGACGAAGACGCGCAGUUUCUCCCUAGUCGCCGAAGACUUGCGGCGCGUCUGUCAGCGAGCCAGGAGGCGGGGAGGGGUGGGAUGGUGCAGGAUGACGAGGUUAGCAGGUACUUAUCUGAGAGGGUGCGGUGCGACGUGUCAGCGUUGGAGUAUUGGCGCAACGCCACCAACAUGCAGACGCUGAGGCGCAUGGCCCGGGAUUAUCUCGCCAUCCCUGCCACGUCCGCGUCGAGCGAGCGCGUGUUCUCCCUCGGCCGCAACCUCAUUUCCUGGAAGCGGCACCGCCUAGCCUCUCAGAGGACGCGAGCUGUCAUGAUUCUCAGAUCAUGGCGAGGGGGAGGAGGAGGAAACGAGGAGGAGGAGGAGGGGGAGGAGGAGGGGGCGGAGGAGCAUGAGGGGGUGGGUGCUGGCGACGCCACUGAUGCGGAGGAGCAUGGUGUUGUUGGUAGUAGCAGUGGAAUUCAGGCGUAG